GCCAAUUCACGGACGAAAGAUUUACGCGUUGGGAGGGCGGUCCCUGGAAGGGUGUUCCGUGCUAGACUAAAUGAAAAAUUUUCCUGAAAGGGAGUUCCGUCCUUUCUCAAAGAAAAUACAAAUACAGAAAUGGUUGAAGCUAUCACAUGAUAUAUUUAUUUGCAUGAAACUUGAUGAUGCCGAGAACUUUCUUGAAACCUAAAACUAGUUAAAGUUCACCAACACCAUUGACCAAAAUAGUUAAAGUUCACCUCUAUCCUACAUAUUAAAACCUCCCCCGUUUCAUCCAAAGCUUGCUAACUUCAAUGGCCAUUUCUCUAUCCAAAACCUUUCUUUCCAUUGCUCAUCAGGUUUUUCCGUCUGAAAAAUGCCGUCCGGUGUCGUUUUCAGGCCGGGAACCUCAGCUUCAACGUACUACAAGUAUGGGAUUUGCCACAAGGUCGCUUAGGAUGCCUAGGGUUUCGUCUAAAACAAGCGGCUCCUUGUUCUCUUCCAUCGACGAACUCGACAAGGAAACACGAGAAGAAAGACGAGUGGCGGAUGUAUGGAGAGAAAUCCAUGGCGUGGAUGACUGGGUUGGGAUGUUAGAUCCAAUGGACCCUCUUCUACGGUCGGAGCUGAUUCGAUAUGGCGAGAUGGCACAAGCCUGUUACGAUGCUUUCGAUUUCGACCCAUUUUCCAAAUACUGUGGAAGUUGCAGGUUCACGCCCCGUCAGUUCUUUGACUCCCUAGCCAUGGCGGACCAUGGUUACGUGGUCUCCAGGUACAUCUUCGCAACAUCCAACAUUAACCUUCCCAAUUUUUUCAAGAAAUCUCGGUGGCCCAAAGUGUGGAGCAAGAGUGCGAAUUGGAUAGGCUACGUCGCUGUUUCCAACGACGAAAUAUCCAAACGCUUAGGCCGUCGCGACAUCGUCGUCGCUUGGAGGGGAACCGUGACCCGCCUGGAGUGGAUUGCGGAUUUAAUGGAUUUCCUCAAACCCAUUUCUUCGAACAAAAUCCCAUGCCCCGAUUCAACAGUAAAAGUAGAAUCAGGCUUCCUCGAUCUCUACAUCGACAAAGAUGUGAAUUGCCGCUUCUGCAAGUUCUCAGCGAGGGAACAAAUUUUAACCGAAGUGAAAAGGUUACUCGAAAUCUACCAGCUUGAAGAGCUAAGCUUAACAAUAACUGGUCACAGUUUAGGCAGUGCCUUGGCAAUUCUCAGCGCAUAUGAUAUCGUGGAAACGGGUCUAAAUGUGCUGCAAGAUAGCAGAGCUGUCCCAGUGAGCGUGUUUUCCUUUUCGGGUCCUAGGGUAGGUAACGUGAGGUUCAAGGAACGGAUGGAAGUGCUGGGAGUUAAAGUGUUGAGGGUGGUGAAUGUGCAUGACAUAGUCCCUAAAUCCCCAGGAUUGUUCUUCAACGAAAACGUGCCACUAUUGUUGAUGAAGAUGGCUGAGAGGUUGCCCUGGAGUUACUCUCAUGUCGGAGUUGAACUGUCUUUGGAUCAUAAAAACUCGCCAUUUCUAAAAGAGACGGGCGACCUUAGUUGCGCACAUAAUUUGGAAGCUCUUUUGCAUUUACUUGACGGGUACCAUGGAAAAGGCCAUAGAUUUGUGCUGGCAAGUGGAAGGGACCCUGCUUUGGUGAACAAGGCAACUGACUUUUUGAAAGAUCAUUAUUUGGUUCCACCAUAUUGGAGGCAAUAUGAGAACAAGGGGAUGGUAAGGAACGAGGAUGGCCGUUGGAUGCAGCCUGAACGGCCGAAACUCGACGACCACCCUGAACAUACACACCGAUAUCUCAAGCAAUUAGGCUUGGCAUCUCAUCAUUAGAAAAAUAAAAUCUUCUUCUAAUUAAAAAGAACAAUAAAAGGGCAACAUUUUGCCGAUAGAAUUGGUAGGUUUGCUAUUUGGCUCACCACUUUUGUACCGACAUAAUUUAUGUAGGAACAAACAGAGAUCUGGUUUUGGAAA